AUGACAGAACUCAACCGUGAGUUGAAGGAAUAUUUGUCCAGAAGUGAUGGGAAAUCGGAGUCCAAGGAGCCCCUUCUCCCUACCACCAUCAGGGACAUCAAGAUUCCCAAAAUAGGGUCGUGGUUCACUCGAAAUGGGACUGCGGGAAGCGAGGAAGAGGACACUGCUUCCUCUUCGUCAUCAUCGUCUUGGUUCUCGUCUGCUCAGUCUGAUCCUUGUCUUCCGAGUCUUAGACUGUCUCUAACAGUUUCCUUGGUAAUUCCUUAUGGUACAAAUGCAACUCCACCCAACAGUCUUGGAGGACACGUGGGGAACCGGGGGUUUGUGGGGGGGAUAAAGAGUGGGCCCAGCUUAAUUUUAGUGUCAGUAAAUGACAAAAGUUAA